AUGAAAGGAGUGCUUUUACUGAAAGCCAAGUAUAAAACUGACACAAGACUCAUCAAGGAAGGGGUCCGGUCUUACUUGUACUGUAUCAGCAACAUGAAAAAAGCUACAUCUGAGUCAUUUGAGGGAAACAGUACUGGAAGCUUUUCACUAUCGAAUGAGGUAAAUACCACCGUGGUAAUAGUAUUCUUUUUUCUCUACAGAAUAUAAAAAAAUUGUCAAGAGAAAAGAAUAAUAAUAAAUAAAGAGAAAUGGGAAGAUAGUAAAACUCAGUAAUAAAUAUAAAAUAAAAAGGUGGAUUCUUAAUUAACAGGAUGCAAUGGAGAAAAUGGUGACACAGAUAAACAAGUGGUCAAAACACAGACAAAAACACUGAUUCACAUGAAAGUAGUAUAUUUAUGUAUAUAUAGCAUGAGUAGUAUUGGGAUAAUAAUGAUUGAAGAGGGAAUUCCGUAAAGCCUAGAGCGGAUAGGCCAACAGUCUGAAGUGUACUGACCAAAUCGUCAUGAUCGCCUGAGUCUUCUCAAAAUGGUUUUAGAGAACAUGCAGCUUAAAGUGGGACGAUUUUUAAUAGAAACUGCAGGAAAUCAUGAGAAAAUUUUUGUGUUUUCAAUGGCUGUACCGUAACUUUUCUACCUCUUUCCUUAUUAUUCACACAAAACAUUCGCCGCCUCUGAUUCCUCGGUCUGCAUUCUUCACAUCACAUACACGAAGAAUUUAGUAAUUGGUAAUUAUUUUUAACGCUGACUCAAGCUGGUAAAUCAAUUUUCUCUUAGGAAAAGAGGAGAGCCGAGAUGCGCUUAGAGUUACAUGUACUGACAGAUGUAAUGACCAACACAAUGCUUUCACUGAAACAGCCUGGAGAAGAAUAUUCCGCGGUAAAAAAUAAGCUUCAAUCCACUGUUCUGGGGAGAGAGGAGGUAAAGGACAUAACACGACUGGCUGUAAAGGAUAACGAGCGAGGCGCAGGAUUUCAACUCCCCGAAUUCAGCAAUAAAACAAUGGCUGAAAUAUUUGCAGAAACUCCCGAAGUGGGAGUUCAGGUAAAAUAUGGAUCAGAGCGUUUUCACAUGACGUCGCGGCAGCCGUGUUGGUGUUCCAAAGUAAUGAAACGGCGGCCAUUUUGGUUUCUCAAACAAGUCCUGUGGGAGUUGAACUCUCUUCUUAUGUGGAUGCUUUCGUUUUUUCCAAUAAAUUUGCAUAGAUGCUGACCACGUGAGUGAAAACGCUCAAUAUAUAAAAGGUCUGGAUCACCUUUAAAAAUCGCAGACAGCGAUUCAUGUGUUUAAUCUUAAGCUAAGAAGACUAAAAUGCAUUUCACACCUUACUGUUCAAUUUUGCUGACCAGCAAAAUGGAUACAGUUAAAGAUUUCUAAUAAAUAUAACUUUUCUUCGUGCACUAAAAUGUUGUAUUUGAUUUGUUGCCUAGAUGAUCACCUACGAAUUCAUUCCUCAGUUGUCAACUAACAGCACCAAUCAUAUCAAUUCCAAAAUCGUCAGCGUGGAUUUGAAGAAUGACCAAGGCCAUACAAUGCAAAUUAAAGGCUUACCUUCUAACAUCGCUAUCAAAGUUCCAUUCUCGCAAAACGCAAACAAUACAAACUCUACUCCAGUUUCGCAACGAUUCUUAAGUCCUGGAAUCAUGAAUUAUCACAUCGUUAGCGUUGAACAUGAGUACACCGAACUGCAUGCAGCCAUAAAAUUAUGCCAACAGGCAUAUUUUACUGUUUACAUUAAACAUGGAAAAAAACCAUCUGAAAAUGAUUUCGAUGACGUGGUUUCAAUAAUUGGCGAGAAAAAUAUAUCCGAUUCAGGUUGCGGUGGUAAUGAAGACGACUUCGCUGUCCGAGAAAUUUGGUUCACUGCAAUCAAACCGGGGAACUACUACUUCGGUCUUCGACUGGAUGAAGGAAACACAGCUAUCCAAUCAAGAAACAGGCGUUCGCUGAUGUCUGCAAGUCUGUCACAGGACAGAUGCGUCACCUUCAAAAAUCCCCCACCAACCCCACCACCAGAACUCGUUGUCAUCGAGCCCAUAUACGACCCUCAAACGUCUGUAAACUACAGUUUUUAUGUGGAUACCAUUUGGUGUGCUUUUUGGUCUGAGAGCGAAGAAGUGUGGUCAAAUGAGGGAUGCAUAGUAAGGGCGAUCAAUUUGAAACCCUGGAAAGUGAAACAAAUCAGGGGCACCCAAAGACGUUUUUUCAGUAAAAUAACGGUUCGAAGGAACACAUAUUGCCUACAAGAUAAUUUCUGGAAAAACUGUUCAACUCUUCUAAGAUAUUUGGGUUUUUUCAAGUAACUUGUACCUAGAACGAUUUUCGGAAGUUGUGAUUUCACAAAAUCGAUAUACGAAAUGAAGUUCCCCUAGAAUUUUCUAAUGAAAGUACGACUGGACCCAUUAGGGACUAUAUUUCUCUAGGGCAGCUCCAAAUUAACCAAAAAGUCUUCUAAAGCAUAGAGAAAACCAUUUGAGACACUUGUGACCCAUUUGAAAACAUUCCGUUGUUGGGUGCCCCUGUUUUACAUCGUUUUGUCAUGUAACGGCAGAUUUCUACACAAGCCUACACUCUUUGGGUGAACAACUUUAGCUUUACAUUAUAAAUCCGCCCUAGACCGUCUUUUCAAAACUAGCUGGAACCUCUUCAGCUGAACGGGCUUCAACCUCUCCCCUAAGCGUUCUUAGAAAAUGGGAAGGGUAGAUUGGAAUGGCUUGUUAAGUGUUGCCAGUUAAUUAUUAUGGUUAAUUCAUGGCUAAUUACUGUAAGGGCAUACAACUGUCAUAACAACAAAAAGUAUCUUCCCACAAAGCCCUCGUAAGGGACGUCAAGUCAAAUCCAAAAUAUUCUGACUGAGUAUUGUCUCACUGAAAGCCGAGUGGUAUGCCUUUCAUUCAUAGGUGGGUAGAAAUUCAAGCAGUACAUCUCUGGAAUGUCUUUGUAAUCACUUGACCUCUUUCGGUGGGGAAUUCUUUGUGGCACCAAACGCCAUCGAUUUCGAUGCAAUCAAGCGGACAAUGGAAAACUUGGAUCCUGGUGACUUGUUGGUCCUGAUCACUGUCUGUGUUGUAUGUUUGGUAUAUUUUCUGGUUCUAGUUGCCGCACGCCGAGCUGACAAAAGAGAUGCUGCUAAGGUAUCUUCUCUGACGAUAUUUUACAAUUCUUAUUUGCAACCACGUGACAAGGCGGCACCGCCAUAUUGGUUUAAGAAACACUAUUUUUUGCAUAAUUUGCAUUAAAAAAUGUUUCUUUCCCAGAGGGGACAAACGCUUUUGUUCUUGUCAACCAACAUUGCUGCCGUGACGUCACAUGCAAAUCAACAACAGAAAGUUUAAGCAAAGACGUGUUUUAGCGACGCACGUUAACCGAAAGUGGACUUUUGCAUUCUUGGGCAGUGGUUUUGCCAAAUGCAUUUGGCAAAUCGACUCUGCCCUGUUCGCACUACUCUAAACUUUGUUUUUUUUUUUGCAAAAAAAUAUGUCAACAGGCAGCCAUUUCUAGAGCAAAUGAUUUUUCUCACCUACCAGAAAAUUUCCUCAAGUGUCAACAAACUUCAAAGAUGUGGUCGAGUAGAUUUAAUUGGAGGCCUACAGUUUUUUGUCAGACAAAAGAAUUCUUUGUUCCUUCGCAGCUAUACUUCGUUGUGUCAUCUUAGUUCGCGAACAUGACCAAUUAAGGUUCCUUUAAUUGACAGCUCUGAUUAUACGAAAAACUUUGCGUGUCUCAGACACUAAGCGAAAACGGAAAAUUGGUGAUUACAACUGUUUGAAAUUUUUUGGAAACACCAAACUCUAUUUUUUUGACGUAGUGUGAAAAGGGCCUUAAACGUACGUACGUACGUACCUCAAACACGUCUUUUCUUAAACUUCCUAAUAUGUUAUCUAACUAAGAUUCCCAGACAGCAUGAUUAAUAGCAGCAGCAGAAAAAGCGCACUAUUAGUAGCAGUUAAGUAGAUAAAUUAUUUAAAGUCUUAAGUCCAAGUGUUUUGAUUUCUCUCUUGACAAUGAAUAAGUUCCCCAACGAAUCUGAUUCAAAAGAUCAAGAUACCUUCUUAGCACUCAUGUUAACAUAGAAAAGUGCAAAAACUUAUUUGCUGUGUCAAGAUGAAGCACGUUUGCAAGUAAUUUUGGCUCAUGCAGAACACAGAAAACCUGUCUAAUUUGUCUUUCAGGACGGCCCUAUUAUACCAGUGACCCAUAAUGGUGAUUGCGAAUAUGAAUACAUAGUGUCUAUAACUACAGGCGCAUGGAGAAACUCAGGAACCACGGCUAAUGUUUCGAUGGUCCUUUAUGGUACAGAGGGUGUGAGCGACGUCAUCAACCUCGUGGAUGGAUGCCUGGAGGAAAGGCAAUUUUUCACGCAAGGAAACACGGACAACUUUUUAAUAUGUCUACCGCAACCUUUGGGGUCCCUAGUUAAAGUAAAAAUUGGACACGACAGUUCUGGAAAUAAUGCAUCUUGGUUUCUUAGUGAAAUUGCAGUUAUAGAUAGUCAGACAGGCGAAAAGUGGAUCGUAAGCUGCUAUAAAUGGCUAGCUCUUGAUAAGGAUGAUGGAAAUACUACAGAGAUGUUUUAUGUUGAAAACGCAGACAGUGACAUAGGUUUUAAAAGAAAAUUUAAUAUUUUACAAAAAACAGGGAUCGCCGACGAUCACUUGUGGUGGUCUGUUGUUUGCAAGCAACCCAAGAGUUCCUUUACGCGUGCGCAGAGGGCAUCUUGUUGUUGCUGUUUCCUUCUACUUUUCAUGGUUACGUCAGCUAUGUUUUACGGACUAGAAAAUCCAGACCAACAAACCAUCAGAAUAGGACCAUUUAGUGUUACUCCAAGCCAACUGAUAAUUUCAGUGCAAACAACUUUGAUUACAGUGUUACCGAGCGUUCUUAUUACAAUACUUUUUCGUAAAAGUGAUGCUAAUCGGGGACCCAGAGGUAGAAAAGACCAUUACAUGAAGGACAAAACAAGAAAAGAGUGCAAACUGCCAUACUUUUGCGUUUAUAUAGCCUGGUUUAUAUGUGUAGGAACUGCCAUCGCUUCGGCUCUUGUGACUGUGUUCUAUUCACUCACUUGGGGAGGAAAAAAGUCUGCCCGAUGGCUGUCCUCCGUUGUCAUGUCACUGACUGGGGAUGUUCUUAUUUCCCAGCCGAUCAAGAUAAUUAUGAUAUCUGUUGUUGCUGCUUCGCGAUGUGGUCGGACCAAGGGUCUUCAGGCAACGACACACGACACUGAUGAUAAAUCAUUGUUUGAAGUGCCCCCAGGUCAAAUACAACAAGCAAAGGAGUUUAAAGUGAAAGAGAAAAGGAUGUUCAAAUUUAUAAAGGAGCUAGCUUUUCUUCUUUUGUUUGUUUUAUUGUUGAUGAUUGUCUGUUACGGCGACAAAAAUAACCAUCGAUUCAAGCUGACGGAUAGCACGGCAAAGAGCGUCGAUAAAUUUGACCAGGUUUGUGUUAACAACAGCAACAACAAACUUUUAAACCAACUAUAAAAAACAACAACAACAACAACAACAACAACAACAAGAUAAAAAAAAGCAGUUGGUAUUACGGAUUUUUACUUAGACCGGUUUUUAACGAGAAAUUCCUUUGCUUUACCAAGAAAACACGGACUGCUUUCCAAUGUUAAUUCUUGAGCAAGUCUUGCCAAAAUUUCUAGUGCUCGCUAACCCGAUGUUAAAUUUUCCUGGACUCCUGUUGAAAACAACUUUUUUCUUAGUUGAUUUUUAAGACUUACAAUGUCCAGACAUCAAAAUGUGGUGCUUUGUAAGCGAAAUUGAAUUCAAACUUGCUAACCCCGGGUUUUCGUAUCUCAUUGAGGCCCAGCGGUGACCAGUAUCAAAUUUCUCCUCACAGACUUCGGAGCAAAAUCAAGGAUGGAAGUCAUGAGAUUUAAGGCAACCAUCGACAAAAACCUAUAUAAUUGAUCUUUUGACAUCAUCUCCAUAAAAAAUACAUAAAUAAAGAAUAAUAAAAGCCAGUUAGAAGAACAAACGUGUUGACAUUAUGGCUCAAAAGGGCCAUUAACUCUCCUUUGAGCAACGUACCCGACCGAGGACGCUUUUGCAGGCAAGAAAAUCGAGAAAGGAUACAUUAAGACGACAAAUACUCACACUUAACAAGAAAUAUACUCCAUAAAUCCCUCCGUCUACCUGGCAAAAUAAUAUAAAACAUCAGUAAUAGUUUUAGCAACACAGCUUGGCGUUGCGUUCUUACUCUUAGCCAAAGGAUUUCUGUUAUCAAUGACGUUUUAUUUUCAGAUUCGAAAUGUUACCCAUUUUUGGCGAUGGAUGAAGACCAGCUUUAUACCUGCCAUCUUCACAGGGGAUUGGUAUAAUGAUCAGGAAGAGGAAAUUGAAGAAUAUAUCGGUAAUAAACGAUCCAUUCUGGUAGGAAUGCCGCGGUUGAGGCAACUCCGCGUUGUAAAAGGUAUUAUUAUAUGGCGAUUUGCCUGAUAUUUGUUCGCUGUUUGCGCUAUACAUGUUUUUCUUUUUUCCUCACAUUUUCUUUAAUCUUGUUGAAUUACUUUUUUCUUAUUAUGGAAGCUAUCGUUCAUCGUGUUAUGUGUGCGAUUCUGCGCUUUUAUUGCUUAUCUCGCGAUAUUUCGACCGGGUAUUGCUGGUCUUCAAAAAGCGAUUGUCGCGUAUUUUAAACCAGUUUCCUUUCUUUUUUUCUAUUACACAGAUUCGUGUGAUGUCCCUGGUAUGUUUAGAAACAUUAUUUCGUUUUGCCAUGACUUCUACUCUCACAAAGAAGAAGACAAGGAUGACUGGGGAUCAAUAACAGGAUAUUUCAACCGAUCGUUUCUGUCAUGCCCAGAGAACUGGGAGUACAGCACAGACGAUGAAAUCGGUAGCUUUGACACUUGGGGUUAUUUCGCUACAUACAAUGGAGGGGGGUACAUAGCCAAUCUAGGAUACAACGCGUUUACAGCCAAAAAUGUUAUCGACGAUUUAAUUGCAAAUGACUGGAUCGAUCGCCAAACCAGAGCAGUAAUAGUCGAGUUCUCAUUGUACAACCCUUCGAGCAAUCUCCUUGCGGUGUUGUCAUAUUACUACGAAGUUCUUCCUUCAGGAUUCGCUGGAAUUUUCAAGAGCCAUGGAAUAAUACCUCUUAAGCCAACACAUUCACAUGCGCAUAAUGUCUACUUGUUUUUUGUACUUCUUUUUGGCGUGUUUCUCGUUUGCUGCUUCUUCAAAGAAUGCGUUAGACUUUUCCGGCAAAGAUGUUCCUAUUUCACUUCUGUCUGGAGUUGGUUGGAGCUUCUUCAGAUUCUAUCCGCAUCUUGUGCACUACUUCUUCAAUGGGAAAAAUUUAAAGAGCUGACAAGAACAUUUGCGAAAUUGAAGGAGAAUCCUUUCGUGACAAUAAGCUUUCACCAAGUGUUAAUGCUGUCCGAAGCUGAGACUGCUGUGAUCUGCAUAACAACUGCCUUUGCAACCCUACGUCUUCUGAAAUGCUUUUAUUUUAAUGCGCACGUCAUAAGGUUUUCUUUGUUUAUGAGACGCCGCUUCACGUCUAUCGCGUCGUUCUUUGCAAUAUUCUGUGUCAUGUUUACCGGGUUCGCUCUAUUAGGAGUUAUUGCAUUAGGCUCUGAAUAUUCAACUUUCUCUUCUUUCACCACAGCUUUCGUGACUCAGUUUCUCAUGAUAAUCGGAAGUACGUCUAUGAUAGAUGAAUUGGAGGAGGCGGGUCCAUUCAUUUUUGGCCGGUUGUUCAGUUUCAGUUUCAUAUUUACUACCGUGAUAAUCACUACAAAUAUGUUUGUUGCCGUCCUCAAUUUUUCCUACUCGAAUUGUUGCUCCGACGAUCUGGAACUACAGGAAGAAUUAGACAUGUCAAAUUUCAUUGUAAACCAAAUAUUGAAAAAAGGUUUUCAGUUACACCAUUAA